AUGAUAUCGAUAAACCAUCAAAACCCGAACUUAUUUGAUUACUAUUCUUCAUCAAAAAUUCAAAAUAUUACAAAGUUUGUUAAUACUUUAAUUGGAACUGCUAAAGGUGAACCAAAAUAUGGAGUGAUAAGUCAAUUCCCCGUAAUAGAUUCAUUUGAAGAUCCAAUUAAUUUACGCCAUUACUCUUCUGAACGAUCAUUUGAAUAUUUUGAAGUUGGUUAUUCAAAAUUUGGAUUAAAACGUUAUAAUAUUACGGUUGAAUUAACUGCUAGUAGAAGAACAGGUCUUCACCGUUAUACUUUUCCUCAAUUCAAAAAUAUAACUAAAGUUAUUAUUGAUUUGUCUCAUAAUCUUGUUACUACUUCAGAGUAUAAUGGCGGUUCAAUUCAAUCUAUUUCAUAUAACCAAGUAAAAGGCGCAGGUCGUUAUAGUGGUGGUUGGAAUAGAGGAGGUCCUUAUGUAGUUUACUUCUGUUCCCAAUUUAAUACUAACGCUAUAGAAUUUGAGACCUGGAGGGAUAGGCACAUUGGAAGAAUUUCAGAAUAUUCUGAUGGAACAACUUAUUUUAAUAGCAUUAAUGUUGAUCAAGCUUGUAAGAGUGCUGAAAGUGAAAUACCGGAUUGGGAUUUUGAAAAAACUAAACAAGAGGCUGUAAAUGCUUGGCAGACCGAGUUAGAAAAGAUAGAUGUUGAUGGAGGAACUGAUGAUUUAAAAACCAUUUUUUAUACCGUAGAUAUUGUUAGAUCAUUAAUUGAUAUCUAUCAGAAUGAAGGAUAUAUGCCCGAUGGAAGAAGUGGAUUAGCAAAUGGAAUUACACAAGGUGGAUCUAAUGCUGAUAUGGUUGUGGCUGAAGCGUAUUUAAAAAAAUUGGGUACCAACGUAAUAGAUUGGGAUCUUGCUUACGAAGCCUUAAUAAAAGAUGCAGAAGUAGAUCCGGGGUAUCGUGGGUUAUAUGAAGGUCGACUACAUUUAACAGAUUAUAAAGAAUACGGUUAUAUACCUUUUCCAGGAUAUGUUGUGGUAACAUAUGCACAUUCGCCUUGCAGUAGAACUAUAGAGUAUUCUGCUAAUGAUUAUAGCAUCAGUCUCGUUGCUAAAGGUUUGGGUAAUUAUGAUGACUAUAUGAAAUACAAAUUGCGAGCAAGAAAUGUUAAAAGAUUAAUCGAAUUAUCAGGAGGCCCAAAACAAUUUGAAAAACGACUUGACAAAACAUUUUCCAAUAAAACUUAUCUAAAUGAAUACUUUAAUAUAGGAAAUGAACCUGAUUUCUUUCAUGUUUGUUUAUAUCAUUUUAUUGGAAAGCAAUAUAAAAGUGUUGAUGUUAUUAGAGAUAUUUUAAGAACUAAGUAUGGAAGUGGACAGGACGGAAUUCCAGUAACAAUAAAACUUUCACCACAACUAACAUUCACAAUUUUGGCUUAUAAUUUAACAUGCGAAACUCACGUAAAUCCAUAUGUUCAAAGCGUAAGGAUUAAUGGUAUAAAUUGGAUGAAAACAUGGUUUAGACAUUCAGAUAUCGCCAAAGGGGCAAUUAUGGAAUUAUUUAUGGGUCCAAAUCCAAGUAAGGUUUGGGGUGUUGUUGGUGAAGAUGAAGAUAAAAUUAAUAUAGAAGAUAGAGUUGUACCCCCUAGCAUGAGUAGUAUCGAGAAUAACGAUGAACAUGCCAACUACAUAGUUGCAGAUUAUUGA